CACCCCCAUCUCCGUACAGCACUUCUGCCAGCCGAGAGAGUGCAGUUAUUCCAGGAAUGUGUUGAACAUGGCUGCUGGGAUGAAAGCUCAGAAGACCGGACUGUUGGAGCUCCGAACCUCCGUUGAUCGCUGGAUCAAGGUCCUUGCAUGUCUCACGGAGGAGACCCUGGCGGUGAGUCCCGGGGACGGCGCGGUGGAACCAGUGAGCCACAGCCCCAGUUCUAGCCUUGGCGGGACGGUGAAUGGAGAGCCCAAUAACCCAAGUUCGAGCUCUCCAGUCCCCGAAUCAAUCACCAACAUAAAGCGCACCGUGCGAAUCACCAAGCAAGAUGUUGGAGGACUGGGAAUCAGCAUUAAAGGUGGGAAGGAGAACAAGAUGCCCAUCCUGAUUUCGAAGAUUUUCAAAGGACUGGCAGCGGACCAGACAGAGGCGCUGUACGUGGGAGACGCCAUCCUGUCUGUGAACAGCUCCGACCUGCGGGAGGCCACCCACGAUGAGGCUGUGCAGGCCCUGAAGAAGACGGGCAAGGAGGUCAUCCUGGAAGUGAAGUAUAUCAAGGAGAUGUCCACAUACUUUAAGAACUCCUCCCCCAGUGCCUCAAUCCCCUGGGACUCCCCCCCUUCCUCCCCCCACAGACAGGUGUCGUCGGACUUCUCACACGCCAUGGUGGAACUCAAGGAGGGGAAGAGCAUCUCACUGAAAAUGUGCCAAGUAGUGAAGAGACAAUGCCCACCCGACACGGAAAACAGGUAUUUUGAAGUGACCUCCGCUGACAGAAACUCCUCUUUGUUCCUCCGGGCGAAGGACCCUGCCAUGGCCCAGUCCUGGUACACUGCCAUCCAAUCAGCUGCCAAUACUCUCUUACCCCGAGUGAAGGAGGAACUGAAGUCUCUGCAGGGGGAGCCAGGGGGCAAAGAGAUCAAACACCUUGGUUGGCUCAUUGAACAGCCUGCUGGGGGUGCUGAGAAGCCAGUGUUAGCCAUCCUGACAGAGAAGGAUCUGCUCUUCUUCCACAGCUUACCUAAGAGCAGAGAGGCCUUGAGCCGUCCAGACCACAGCCAUCCGCUCAUAGCAACCAGGCUGGUGCACUCAGGCCCUGGAAAGGGCUCCUCUUUGAUGGACUCCGAGUUCUCAUUUGCCCUGCGCAGUGGCACUCAGCAGGGGGUGGAGACACACGUGUUCCAUGUGGAGACGGCCAAGGAGCUGUCAGCUUGGACACGGCUGCUAGUGGAUGGCUGCCACAGCGCCUCGGAGCUUAUCCAGGAGGUCACUGCAGCCUGUACCUGGAAGGGGGAGACCUGCAUCCUGUCAGUGCACAUCGAGAAGGGCUUCACCCUCUUCACAGAGGAGCCAGGCCUCAGCAAGACCCUCCUCUUCCACCAGCCCUUCGAGAAGCUCCGCAUGUCCUCGGAUGACGGCUCUCGAAUCAUCUUCUUGGACUUUGGGGGACCUGAGGGAGAAAUCCAACUGGACCUUCACUCCUGUCCUAAAACCAUGGUGUUCAUCAUCCACUCGUUCCUGUCUGCGAAGGUGACACGACUGGGCUUGCUUGCAUAGGAGCUGCCUCCCAGUGUGUGGAGGAAACACUCAGAGGAAACUCCGACAAAUCACUAGACUCUUUCGUGCAAUAUUCAGAAGCUUUUGUGCGGAGUUGCUUCUGAGCUGGUACUAAACCACCGUUCGCCUUUCCAUGCAUUCUCUGGAGUUUCACCAGAGCAGCAUUCAACCUACUGUUACUAUAGAAGGGCUAAGAGCAAGUGUUCGGUUCGCAGCAAUAAAAUACUUAAAGUACCAUUAUUUACUCCCAUAGUUUGAAGUGUUGCUGAUUUUACAAAACUUGCAACCAAGCAACUGAGUAGUUUAGUAUUCCCUCUUUUCAUUAGCAUGUUGUUUUUUGUGCCUUUUAUGAAGUAAGCAGUAAAGGAGUAAAAUGAUUUGACUAUAGACCCCUAAA